AUGACCACCAUCAAUGGCCAGCAAUUGUUUACUGGUGGGACCUUUGAUUUUACGGUGCAAGAACAGAGUGUCAAUUUUGACUUUUUGGACAGUGACCACGAAGAUUAUGACAAACUCAAAGCAACGGAAUCGGCAAGGUUUACCGACAGUGGUGAAAUCAUUGAACCGUCAGAGGCGGGGGAGGUGGAACACUUUGUGCUGGACAAUAUUCAACCAGUGCAAUUGCAGCCUGUGCAAACAAGUCAAUUUAUGGAGGAUUCCGAAGAAGAAGUAGAAGAAGAAGAAGAAGAAUUUGUGAUAAAU